UGACACAUAGUGAAAAACUUGUCGGCCGGACACAAGUGUUGGCGCAGUAAAACCGCUCUUCGGUGCCAGGUCAGCUAACCUGAGCCAGAAGUCUGUGCUGGAAUCCUUUAGUGUUACUCCUGGUAUAUUCCAUACUCCUAAGAUGGAGGGCGCUGUUUCUGAAAUGAGUCUCUCUGAGCCUGAGGCUGACACUGGAACCCCCAGCAAUAAUGAGGGGACCCAGUUGGAGAGAGCAGGGUCACCUGCACCUAGCUGUCUCUCAGUGAAGAGUGACAACUCAAGGUAUCAGCCCAUAAACUUCAAAGGAGAGUUCACAUGUGAUCCAAGAGUGCAGCAAUCAGCAGAGUCCAUCUGUCAAUCAGAAAAGAAAGACCCGUCUACGUGUUUAACCCUUGCACAGAAGUUACUUCACUGCACGCUGAAGAAGUUGGACAAGGAUUUGUUGGAGCAGUUUAAGAACCAUCUGAGUCAGGAUUACCCAGAAUGCUUAGAGAGCCAGCUGGAGGACCAUGAGGUGCUGGAUGUUGUUGAGAAGAUGCUGGAGAGCUGUGGCACAGAGAGGUCUGUGAAGAUCACACUGCACAUCCUGAGAAACAUGAACCAGAAGGAUCUUGCUGACUCCCUGGAGAGAAACAAGCAGAAGAUUGAAUCCAUAAUAAGAGCCCAAUACACAGUGAAAGCUAAUCUGAAGAAGAGGUUUGAAUGCAUAUUUGAAGGAUUAGCAAAGCAGGGUCAUGCAACCCUCCUCAAAGAGAUCUACACAGAGCUCUACAUCACAGAGGGGGGAAGUGGGGAGGUCAAUUAUGAACAUGAGGUGAGACAGAUUGAGGCAGCUUGGAAGAGACAAACCAGACAGGAGACCCCCAUUCUCUGUAAUGACAUCUUUAAACCUUUACCUGGUCAAAGCAAGCCUGUCAGAACUGUGCUGACAAAGGGGGUCGCUGGCAUUGGAAAAACUGUCUGUGUCCAGAAGUUCAUUCUUGACUGGGCAGAAGGGAAAGCCAAUCAGGAUGUUCAUUUUAUUCUCCCCCUUCCUUUUCGGGAUCUGAAUUUGAAGAGGGAGAAGGAAUUCAGUCUAAUGCAACUUCUCCAGCAUUAUCUUCCAGAAGUAAAACAGAUUAGUAAUGUUCAACAUGAUGAAGUCAAAGUUGUGCUCAUCUUUGAUGGACUGGAUGAGUGUCGACUUCCUCUAGAUUUUCAGAACAAUCAGAUCCUCUGUGAUGCAACAAAAUCAACAUCAGUGGAUGUGCUACUGACAAACCUCAUCAAGGGGAAUCUGCUUCCCUCUGCAUUCAUCUGGAUCACCUCGCGACCAACAUCAGCCAAUCAGAUCCCUCCUGAGUGUAUCCAUCAGGUGACAGAGAUACGAGGGUUCAAUGAUGCACGAAAGGAGGAGUACUUCAUGAAGAGAUUUGCAGAUCAGAACCUGACCAGCAGAAUUAUCUCACACAUCAAGUCAUCCAGGAGUCUGUACAUCAUGUGUCACAUACCAGUCUUCUGUUGGAUUUCCGCUGCUGUCCUGGAGAGAAUACUGAGUGAAUCAGACAGUGGAGAAAUCCCCAAAACUCUGACUGAAAUGUACACAUACUUCCUUCUCCUCCAGACUAAUGUGAAGAAUCAGAAGUAUUAUGAUACCAAUGAGACAAACCCAAAGAAGAUUCCAGAGUCAGAUGCAGAAAUGAUCCUGAAACUGGGGAAGCUGGCUUUUCAACAGCUGAAAAAGGGCAAUCUGAUAUUUUAUGAGGAGGACUUGAGGGAUGCUGGCAUUGAUGUCAGUGAGGCCUCAGUGUACUCUGGGAUUUGCACAGAAAUCUUCAAGGAAGAGUAUGGGUAUUAUCAGGAGAAAGUCUACUGCUUUGUGCAUCUAACCAUUCAGGAGUAUCUGGCUGCCUUGUUUGUUCUUCAUUCAUCUGUAUACGAGAACAGAAAUGUACUCCAAGCAGAGAAAGCAAGAACUCAGGGUCAGAGAAUUCAGUUGUCAGAGGUACACAGAAGUGCAGUGGAUCAGGCCUUAGAGAGUAAGAAUGGACACCUGGACCUUUUCCUCCGAUUCCUUCUUGGCCUUUCAGUGGACUCCAAUCAGACCCUCCUAGGAGGAAUACUGACACAGACAGGAGGUAUAUCACAUGUACCAGACCCACUGACACAGACAGAAUGUAGAUCACAUGACAUUGAGGAAACGGUGAAGUACAUUAAGGGGAAGAUCAGAGAGGAAUCUUCAGCAGAGAGGACCAUCAAUCUGUUCCACUGUCUGAAUGAAAUGAAUGACAGCUCUCUGGUGGAGGAAAUCCAGACUUCCCUAAAAUCAGGAACACUUUCUGGCAAAAGGCUGGAACCACACCAAUGUUCAGCCCUGGCCUUUGUGUUACUGGUGUCAGAGGAGGUCCUGGAUGUGUUUGACUUGAAGGUGUACAACACAUCAUCUGCAGGUCAGGAGAGGUUGGUACCAGUAGUCAAGAACUGCAGGAAGGCCAUAUUUGACAGCUUUUAUCUCUCAGAGAAGUCAUGUGACACUGUGGCUUCAGCUCUCAAGUCAUCCCCCUCACACCUAAUAGAGCUGGACCUCAGCUACAGUAACCUGGGAGAUUCAGGAGUGAAGCUGCUCUGUGCUGGACUGAAGAGUCCACACUGUAAACUACAAAGACUUAAACUGUCAAGCUGUCAAACCAGAGAGAUUGGCUGUGCCUCUCUGGCCUCAGUUCUGUGUUCAAAUCUGUCACACCUGAGAGAGCUGGAUCUGAGCUACAAUGGCCUAGGGGACUCAGGAGUGAGAGCGCUCUCUGCUGGUCUCACAGAGCCCAGCUGUAAAGUGGAGACAUUGCUGCUUGGUUGGUGUAAUCUCACAGAGGGCUGCUGUGAUGAUCUGGCCUCAGUCAUACGUUCACCUCAUUCAGAGUUAAGAGAUCUGGAGCUGAGAGACAAUGAUCUGCAGGAUUCAGGAGUGAGAGCACUCUCUGCUGGACUGGAGGACCCACACUGUAAACUGCAAAGACUGGGCCUAUUAGGAUGCCAAGUGACAGAGGAAGGCUGUGCUUCUCUGGCUUCUGCUCUGCAUUCAAACCCCUCCCACCUGAGGGAGCUGGAUCUGAGCUACAAUCACCCAGGAGACUCAGGAGUGAGAGCGCUCUCUGCAGUACUGGAGGACUCCAGCUGCAAACUGGAGACACUGCAUGUGGACCAUGGAGGAGAAAGUAGGAACAAACCAGGACUGAGGAAAUAUGCUUGUCAGCUCACACUGGAUCCGAAUGCAGCAAACAAAAAUCUAUCUCUGUCUGAGGAAGGCAGGACAGUGACGCAUACAUACGGGAGAGAGGAGCAGGCAUACCCUGAUCACCCAGAGAGAUUUGAAUCACUGCCCCAAGUGCUGUGCAGAGAGGGCCUGUCUGGCCGCUGUUACUGGGAGGCUGAGUGGAGUGGAGAAUAUGGGGUUGAUAUAGGAAUGACAUAUAAGGGAAUCAACAGGAAAGGAGGGGAUGAUGACUGUGAGCUAGGUUUGAACAGUAAAUCCUGGAUUCUCUACUACACUACAGGCCAUUACGCUGUCUGUCACAAUAAGAAGAGCUCAACAGUACCUGCCUCCCGUGCCAGCUCCAGCUCCCACAGAGUUGGAGUGUUUCUGGACUGGACAUGUGGAACUCUUUCCUUCUACAGCGUUUCCUCUGACACAAAGACCCUCCUGCACACGUACCACACCACCUUCACUGAACCCCUCUAUCCUGGGUUUAGAUUAAGGCCAAACUCCUCAGUGUCCCUGUGUAACCUGGAGUAGUGUAAUGUGUUCAGGACCAACCCUGGUGUCACAUAUACAAAACAAGCGUACAUACUGGGACACAGGUAUACAUACACAGGGAUAUGCAUGUAGCCUGACAGAAAGGUGAUAACGUGGGAAACUGAACUCAGAAUAGAGCUUCUUUCUUUAAAACCAAACGUAUACCAGUACACUACAGCUGCAUGAUCUCGUCUUCUCCCUCAGUAACUUCACCAUGUCAUCAUCCUUAGUGUACCAAGAACCUGGGGCUUGGUGCUGGAUACUAACUAAUCCUUCACAGUGAAUGUACUGAAGCUGCAGUGACACAUUCUUGUUCUACAGCAUUUGUAAAAUCUGCCGGUUUCUUACAACCAACUCAGCUUCAAGUCUUGGUUCAAGCCGUCAUACUCUCCAGACUAGACCACCAUAACUUUCUUCUUUCUUUCUUUUCAUCAGAUGUAGAAUGCAGCUGCUUGACUGAUAUUGCCAUCUCACACCUCUUCUCAUCUCACUGCACAAGCUACCUCUGUUGAUUGGUAAAAUUCAAAAGUGUAGUGCAAAUGUGGUGGACCCAUCUUAGACUUACACUCCUGCCAGACCACUUCACUGUGCUACCUGUGGUGACCUGGUCGUUUGAUCCUGGAAGCAUCACUGAUCUUGAUCACAUCCUUUUCCUGCUUCUUGCUUGCAAGUAAUGUAAUGAGCUCCCCACAACUGUCAGAAUAGCACGAUCACUGUCAGUUUUCCAGUGCAGACUCAAAACCAUUCUAUUCUGACUACACCUGAGCCCUACAAACUCUGACUCUAUCUAUCAAAUUGUAUCCUGUCCCAGCACUUAUAAAAGCUAGUUGUUGCAAUAAUAAAUAUAUAGUUAAUAUAUAAUAUUAAUAUAAUAUAUAAUAUAAAGUUUUGAAUGUAUUUAAAAUCAAGCCCCGUGGCUCAUUGCAUUUUAAGGCACUUCAAACCCAAGAGCUGACCCCCAGAAAGAGCCCCCUCAGACAGCUGAGUCUGAAACUAACUAACCCAGUAACAGCUAAUACACAAAGGUGUCAGAACAG